AUGGUCUCUCGCUCCGGCGAAACCAGUGAGGGUCAACGGCCCCUCACCCCCUCAAGGACGCCGGGCACGCCCAUGAAACCUCGUUUGACCCGAGCUGGCACCAGCCCCGUGAAGCGCGAUGAUAAACUUAAAGAAGAAAAGGGACCGAAGACCUCAGCCAAAGAUGUAGCAGAGCUCAAAGAUUAUCAAUUGGGUGACUGUCUGGGAAAGGGCGCGUUUGGAUCCGUUUAUCGGGCCUUGAACUGGAACACAGGGGGAGACGGUUGCGGUGAAACAGAUCAAGCUUACGGAUCUCCCGACGACGGACUUGAAAUUGAUUUGCUCAAAAAUCUCGAUCAUCCGAACAUCGUCAAAUACCAUGGGUUUGUGAAAUCCGUGGAAACUUUAAACAUCAUCUUAGAAUACUGUGAGAAUGGAUCGUUGCAUUCCAUCGCUAAGAACUUCGGUCGCUUUCCGGAGAAUCUAGUCGGGCUGUACAUGUCGCAAGUGCUGCAUGGACUAUUGUAUCUCCACGAACAAGGUGUCAUCCAUCGGGACAUCAAGGGCGCGAACAUUCUGACCACCAAAGAAGGCUUGGUAAAAUUGGCCGAUUUCGGGGUGGCCAGUCGAACCACAGGAUUGAGCGAGUCGAGUGUAGUCGGUACUCCUUAUUGGAUGGCCCCGGAGGUCAUCGAGCUAUCAGGAGCCACGACGGCGUCAGAUAUCUGGAGCUUGGGUUGUACGGUCAUUGAGCUGCUAGAGGGGAAACCUCCAUAUCAUAACCUUCAGCCGAUGCCCGCUCUAUUCCGGAUUGUGAAUGAUGAUCAUCCGCCACUUCCGCAGGGUGCUUCCCCAGCUGUCAAAGAUUUCUUGAUGCAAUGUUUCCAGAAAGAUCCUAAUCUUCGAGUAUCAGCUCGAAAGUUACUCAAGCAUCCAUGGAUUGUCAACGCACGCCGAAGUGACUCCAUCAUUCCCAAAAAAUCGACGGAAUAUGAGGAGGCUGUCAAGAGUGUGCAGGAGUGGAAUGAAGCAUUACGCUCUCCUGGGGCUGGCACAACGAGGAAAUCAACCAAAUUUGAUCCGAACGCUGGGUCGUUGCCUGCUGCACGCGGCGGUUCCUUAGUAGAUACCCUCCCAUCGCCAACAUCUAUCAAAAUCGCUGAUCGCUUUCGGUCACCGUCGUCUAAUGAAGAUGACAAUUGGGACAACGAUUUCGUGACCGCUAUCUCUCCAAGCGCGUUGCAGCUGCCCCAUUUGAGACCGCAGGACAAUUUCGGAGGCAAGCUCUCACCCGAGAAGUUGAAAGCGUUCGCAUCCCUCGAUGGAACUGUCAUUAAAGGUGAUGACAGUUUCGACGGCUUCGAAGACAGUGGGCGUGGUUCAUUUCCAGGUGACAAUGAUCCUUUGCAAACCAUCCGCCCAUACUCUGCCAAAGUCCCAUUAGCCGAGCCAUCCAAGAGUGCCAGCCCAUCAAAGCGUCGCCAGUCCAAGAUCCAGUCGACUUCGACUCUUCAAAAUGUUCCGAUCCUGUCACAGACUCCCACGCCUCCAAUGAGACGGCCUCGCCCAGCCGUCUUAUACAAAGAGAACUCUGUUGAGGAUUACUCAGAUUUGAUCAUGGCUAACGAGGAUGUCCUCGACCGCAAGCUCGGAGUAUUUCACGAAUUGGACGAUGACCCUGACUCUCCGACACACGACAAAGACUGGCAUUUCGAGGACGAACUGGCUGGCCAUCAUCCGCAACUACGAAAACAGUUGUCAGUGAAACGUGACCGAUCAGCUAUCGAGAUCCAGAGAUUUGCAGAGAACGAGAGCGAUGAAGACUUCUCCGACAUCCUUGGAGCUGAUCAAGAGGUUCUCGACAAGCCAGAGAGUGACGACGGUUCCGAUCAGAGUACUCUCAUGCUGAACUCCAAACUGUCGAACAAUUCUUGGCUGGGCGAUCAGGAUGACGACGAUGACCCCUUCGCACAGCUAGAAGAAGGCUUUGAUGAGAUGGAUCUUGAAGCCAAUAUCGCCCGUGACAAGUAUGCCCGUCUACGCAAUCAGGUCGAAGAUCUGGUCGGCUCUCUGAAAACGUCUCAAGAUGAGGAUGUUCUCGCGGAGAUCUCCGAACAGCUUCUCACCGUGUUCUGCGAUCUUCCGGAAACGAAGAAUAUCAUUAUCAGCGCACACGGCAUGCUACCCAUUCUUGAAAUUCUCGAUACAUCACGUCGACGUGACACUGUGUACUACCUUCUCAGAGUGGUGAAUGCUAUCAUCUACAAUGACUACGAGAUUCAAGAAAAUCUCUGUUUCGUCGGUGGUAUUCCCAUCGUGAACGAGUUUGCAUCGAAGAAAUAUCCACGGGAGAUCCGCCUUGAAGCCGCUGCAUUUGUGCAGCAAAUGUUCCAGACGUCCACUCUCACACUCCAGAUGUUCGUCAGCGCAGGCGGUCUCAACGUCUUGGUGGAGUUCCUCGAGGAUGACUAUGAAGACGAACGUGAUCUAGUCCUGAUCGGAGUGAAUGGCAUCUGGAGUGUGUUUGAGUUGCAGGGAUCUACGCCGAAAAACGAUUUUUGCAGAAUAUUGUCCCGUAACUCUGUUCUUGAUCCGCUCUCUCUUGUGCUGAGUCGAGUCUUAGAUGAAGAUGGAGAAUUGGCCGAGGUCAUUGAGGGCCGCAUUGCAAACAUUUUUUUCAUCUUUUCGCAGGCCGAAAACCACGUUAAAGAGAUGGUUGCGGAGCGCACAGUGCUGCACCGUGUUCUCAAGGAAUUGCGGCGGAUGUCUCCCGUGCAUCAGGUCACGAUGCUGAAGUUUAUUAAAAACUUGUCAAUGCUAUCCACAACGCUGGACGCCCUCCAGAAUUCCAACGCCAUCGACGUACUUACUGAGCUUCUUCAGUCUACCAUGGGCCGCAGUCACUUCCGCGAAGUGUCUAACCAGAUCCUCAACACCAUCUACAACAUGUGUCGUUUGAACAAGACUCGACAGGAAGACGCAGCAUUGAAUGGCAUUGUGCCGCUGCUUCAGAAGAUUGUCAAGACGGAGCGUCCUCUUAAAGAAUUUGCUCUACCAAUCCUUUGUGAUAUGGCUCAGUCUGGCAAAGUCGGUCGCCGAGAGCUGUGGCGCAACAAAGGACUUGCAUUCUACAUUUCACUACUGGCAGAUCCUUACUGGCAAGUCACGGCGUUGGAUGCCAUUUUCACGUGGCUUCAAGAGGAAACAGCAAAAGUCGAAGAGCAUUUACUGGACAAUCGCCAUGACAAGAUUUCAUUCGCAGAUGCUAUUGUUCGAUGUCUGACGCUCUCCAAAGCAAAUGCUUUCGAAAACCUGCUCGAGCCACUUCAGAAGCUUUUGCGUCUCAGUCCACCAGUAGCCUCCACUCUGGCACGGACUGAUCUUUUCACACGCCUUGGACAGAAGCUUCAUCACAACAAAGCGGCUGUCCGGCUGAACUUGCUCCGCAUUAUCUCUAGCAUUUGCGACUCAGCCGAACAACAAGGUGGCUUGCUUGCAACCUAUGGCCUGCUAGAUGCGAUUCGAGAACUUGAAAACGACCCCGCGAUCUUGGUCCGAGACAUGGCAGGAAAAUUGGUUCAAGCCAGUGAGCGUAGCAGCAACACUCUUGGUCUCAUGCGCAGACCUACGAGUCGGCGAAAGAGCACUUCCACAUCCAGUCCGAACCCAUUCUCCAGCUCUACACCCUCCACCCCGUCCAGCAAUCGCACAAGCCAAUCUCGAGUAUUCCUCGAAGGCCGCGAAACUCCCCGUCAUUCCCGACCUGCCCUCACUGGAUCAUCUUUUGCGCUUCGACCAGGAAGCCGUGACGGCACUACCUCAUCCUUGGGCUCGGCUCUCAACGGCAACGCAGCUUCUGCCCGGUCCCGAAUGCCCCGAGGCAUGUCUAACCGGCUGUCUCAGGUCGAAUACCUUCAAGAUGAUGAUAAAGCUCUAAACUCUUUGAAUCGGCGCGGCUCUGUCAUGCCACGCCGGCGUCGCCCUACAGCGGCGGAUUCCGAAUGGACAUGA